AAUUCACCAGCUCGCCAGCACUUCGAGAACAGCAGGCAAGGAUGGAUGUGGUCGACAGCCUUCUUGUGAAUGGAAGCAACAUCACUCCUCCCUGUGAGCUGGGAAUCGAAAAUGAGACGCUUUUCUGCUUGGAUCAGCCCCAUCCUUCUAAAGAGUGGCAGCCAGCCGUGCAGAUUCUUCUGUACUCCUUGAUAUUCCUGCUCAGUGUCCUGGGGAAUACGCUGGUCAUUACGGUGCUGAUUCGGAACAAGAGGAUGAGAACGGUCACCAACAUCUUUCUGCUCUCACUGGCGGUCAGUGACCUCAUGCUCUGCCUCUUCUGCAUGCCAUUCAACCUCAUCCCCAACCUGCUCAAGGAUUUCAUCUUUGGGAGUGCCGUCUGCAAGACCACCACCUACUUCAUGGGCACCUCUGUGAGUGUAUCCACCUUUAAUCUGGUUGCCAUAUCUCUGGAAAGAUACGGUGCGAUUUGCAAACCCUUACAGUCCCGGGUCUGGCAGACCAAAUCCCAUGCUUUGAAGGUGAUCGCCACGACCUGGUGCCUCUCCUUUACCAUUAUGGCUCCGUACCCAAUUUAUAGCAACCUGGUGCCUUUUACCAAAAAUAACAACCAGACGGCGAAUAUGUGCCGCUUCCUACUGCCAAAUGAUGUCAUGCAGCAGUCCUGGCACACGUUCCUGUUACUCAUCCUCUUUCUUAUUCCUGGAAUCGUGAUGAUGGUGGCAUAUGGAUUGAUCUCUUUGGAACUUUACCAAGGGAUAAAAUUUGAUGCUAUCCAGAAGAAGUCUGCUAGGGACAGGAAGCCGAGCACCGGCAGCAGCGGCAGGUAUGAGGACAGCGAUGGGUGUUACCUGCAGAAGGCCAAGCCCCGCAGGAAGCUGGAGCUCCAGCAGCUGUCCACACCCAGCAGCGGCAGGGUCAACCGCAUCAGGAGCAGCAGCUCCACGGCCAACCUCAUGGCCAAGAAGCGGGUGAUCCGUAUGCUCAUGGUCAUCGUGGUCCUCUUCUUCCUGUGCUGGAUGCCCAUCUUCAGCGCCAACGCCUGGCGGGCCUAUGACACGGCUUCGGCCGAGCGCCGCCUCUCGGGGACCCCCAUUUCCUUCAUCCUCCUGCUGUCCUACACCUCCUCCUGCGUCAACCCCAUCAUCUACUGCUUCAUGAACAAACGGUUCCGCCUCGGCUUCAUGGCCACUUUCCCCUGCUGCCCCAACCCCGGUCCCCCAGGAGUGAGGGGAGAGGUGGGAGAGGAGGAGGAAGGCAGGACCAUGGGGGCCUCUCUGUCCAGGUAUUCCUACAGUCACAUGAGCGCCUCUGCGCCGCCCCCCUGA